UUUCUUUUCCUCAACAACUCCUUUGCAAGUAUUCUUUCCUCUCACAAAAUUCUUGAAUAUUAAGGGUUUGUACUUGGAAUUGAUUUGGGCACUACCACGGAAUGACUUUAAUACCCCACCGCCGUUAACCGAAGGGGGUUAUAAUAGCAUUUUGGCAAGAGGAAUCAAACGGAAGAAAAGGAGUGGAAAUAGCAAAAGUGCGAAAAACCGUCCUUAUUUUUCCCAACCCCUGAAUCUCUCCUUCUCUAUUUCCACAAAAUCAUCUCAGAAAAAAAAAAUUAUUAUCAUUAUUUUGUUGCUAUUACUUAAAAUCAAGCUCGCAAUCGAAACCCUCAUUUGAAAAUCGUAAUUUACAAGUUGAUGAAAUAGAUACUCAUUAGAACUGUAAUAGAAAGGAUCAACAAAUAUCAUUAUUGGGGAUGGCUUGUAGAGGAUUCUUAGAAUGCUUGUUGAAGCUCUUGAACUUGUUGAUGACUCUUGUUGGUUUGGCAAUGGUUGGGUAUGGGAUCUACUUGUUUGUUGAGUAUACAAAAUCUGCCGCUGCUGCCAUGCUUUUGUUACCUGUGGGUAGUGAUCAAAAUUUGAUACAGCUCGGUCGGCCCAUGCUCAUGUCAGUGUCUCCUUCGUCUAGUAUAUUUGAUAGUCUGCCAAAAGCAUGGUUUAUAUAUUUAUUUAUUGGAGUAGGUGUGGUUCUCUUUGUUAUAUCUUGUUUUGGUUGUAUCGGAGCUGCAACGCGGAAUUUAUGCUGCUUGACUUGUUAUUCAGUGUUGGUGAUCUUGUUGAUCUUGGUGGAGCUGGGAUGUGCAGCUUUCAUAUUCUUCGACAAAAGCUGGAAAGAUGAACUUCCUACAGAUAAAACAGGAGAUUUUGAUAUGAUAUAUCAAUUUCUGGAAGAAAACUGGAGUAUUGUCAAAUGGGUUGCUCUUGGAAUUGUUAUCUUAGAGGCUGUCACUUUCUUUUUAGCCCUUCUGGUUAGGGCUGCCAAUAGACCUGCUGAUUAUGACAGUGAUGAUGAGUUCAUUGCACCAAGGCAACAAAUCAGACAGCCUUUGAUCAACAGACCACCAGUUCCAGCUACAGAUGUAUCUGUUGCUGGUAGCCAUGAACAACGGCCCAGCAGAAAUGAUGCUUGGAGUACACGUAUGAGAGAAAAGUACGGGCUGAAUACGGCUGAGUUCACAUACAACCCUUCGGAGUCAAACAGGUACCAGCAGGUGGCCCCACAACCAGCAGAAGAAAGGAGCCGUUGCACCAUUAUGUGAUGAUAAUCUGGGUUGUGUGGAAAUCUUGAUUUGGUUGGCUUCCGAAUAUGAUCACAAUGACCAUGGAAUGACAGCUUCAAAUUUUCAGAUGGCAGUCUUGUUUCUUAUUUGUUUAGUUUGUAUACAGUACACAAUUUUCAGGAGCUUUAUGUGUUCCCCACUCAUUUCUCUCAUUGAUUUCUUUAGAGAACAAAUGUUUUCCAAAUGCAUAACCAAUUUGUGUGUAGAAUUGGACUGGUACAAUACGAUUUGGCAAUGAGUUGAAGCUGAGCUUAAGAUUCAAAAUGUUUUUUCAAUUAUGAAGUCAUUAAACAUUGGGAUUAAAGUUGACAUGAAG